UUAAGUUUAAUAUCUACAUGUACACUUUUUACAGCAAUCUACUCUCCUCAAUGGUUAGUCGGGCCUACUGAAUAUGAAUGUCUUUUGCCAAAUCUUAUAAAACAAAUUAAUCAAACAGAGUCAUUCGAUGUACGCUGUCGACCUUCGUUAGGAAUUUUCAGCAGAUGCAAAAAAAUUAAUGGAAUUCAGCACUGUGGUUCAUUUGCUGUUGAAGGAUUGGCCACCGAUUCAAACAUGUUUCCUACACCAUGGAAAAUUGCAAUUGUUUUAAUGUUUAGUGGCAUCUUUAUUAGUUUUAUAAUGUCUAUCAUGGCUGUAUGUAGUUUUUGUAAACAAUCUAUUCGUAGAAAAAGUAUGUUUGGUUUGGCGGGAUCUGGACAAGGUUUAUCAGGUAAAAUAAUUCAACUUAAAUUAAUAAUUAAAUAUGUAUAA